GGAGAAGUCGUCGCCUCCCGUUAGUGAUCCAAAAUCGAAGAUCCAUCAUUCGGAAGAUCAUCCAGCUUCACUGAUUUUUGUUGAGAUGGCUAAAAUGGAAAUAUCUUGAGACACCACAAUGGAUAACAGCACCUUAACACAUCCUGACAGAAACUCCAGCAACGGACAAACUCUGAGCACAAUGCCAGAGAACUCGCUGGAGAUCCAGGUGGUCACCAUAUCUCUGUCGCUGCUCAUCUGCGGUGUGGGAAUCGCUGGGAACAUCAUGGUGGUCCUGGUGGUGAUCCGUAGCAAACACAUGAUGACCGCCACCAACUGCUAUUUAGUGAGUUUAGCUGUGGCCGAUCUGACUGUGCUUUUGGCUGCAGGCUUACCGAACAUCUCCGAGGUUGUGGCUUCGUGGAUCUACGGCUACGCCGGCUGCGUUUGCAUCACGUACCUGCAGUACCUGGGCAUCAACGUCUCGUCCUGCUCCAUCACGGCCUUCACCGUCGAGCGCUACAUCGCAAUAUGCCACUCCAUCAAAGCCCAGUUCAUCUGCACCGUAUCGAGAGCCAAGAAGAUCAUCGCCUGCGUCUGGAUCUUCACGUCUCUCUACUGCAUCAUGUGGUUCUUCCUCGUGGACACUAAUGAGACGGUUUACGCAAACGGCGUCGUGGUCCGGUGUGGCUAUCGGGUGUCCAGGAACCUCUAUAUGCCCAUCUACUUCCUGGACUUCACGCUGUUUUAUGUGGUUCCUCUCAUCGUGGCUUUGGUUCUGUACAGUCUGAUCGCCAGGAUCUUGUUUCGAGACCCGUUGCCGAUGAAUCUGUCAGAGCAGAGACUCUCCAUCCAUCAGGGCCGACGACAAAGCUCAGUCAAAGUGUCCUGUAGAGCAAACAGCGCAGCAGCAUCCAGAAAACAGGUCACAAAGAUGCUGGCCGUGGUGGUGGUUCUGUUUGCUCUCCUCUGGAUGCCAUAUCGGACUCUAGUGGUUGUGAAUUCGUUCAUGGAUCCGCCUUAUCUCGACACCUGGUUCCUGCUCUUCUGUCGCAUGUGCAUUUACACCAACAGCGCUGUCAACCCCAUCAUCUACAACGCCAUGUCGCAAAAAUUUCGCGCUGCUUUUAAGAGGCUCUGCGUCUGUAAAUGCAGGUCAGAUCAGGGCCGAGCAGGCAAAAGCAAUGUAACUGUUUACUACAGCGUCAUAAAAGACUUCCCCAGUGAAAACGGUAUGAAGAAACAUGGCAGUAUGAAAACUGACACGCUUAGUCCUGCUUGAUCUGAGAAUAUUCAAGGAACAGUUCAGCCAAAAAUAAAUAUUUGCUGAAAAUGUGCUCAUCUAAGAUUAGGAUGAGUUUGUUUCUUUAUCAGAUUUGGAGAAAUUUAGCAUUACAUCACAGAAUCCAAACAGUUGAUAAAAACAUCACGAUAAUCCACAAUUAAUCCACACAAGACAUUAAGACAUUUUUAACUAAAAUACAUUGAGUCCUUAAAGGGGUCCUAUUAUGCUCUUUUACAAAGUCUUGAUUUUGUUUUGGGGGUGCAUUAGAACAUGCUUUCAUGCUUGGUGGUUCGAAAAACACAUUAUUUUUAACAUAAUUUACAUUAUUACAAUACAUUUCUCCCAGCCUGGCACAUAAGGCUCGAUUAGUUCCAGGUUUAAUGAAGGCCCACCUUCCGAAAAACGAAAUGUGUUGCGAUUGGUUAGCUGUCCCACUGCGUUGCGAUUUGCAAACAGCUUAGACAGUGUUUCAGUACUGACACGCCCCUUGUCAAAGAAGCAAGUUUCGUGUACAACUGUUAGCGCAAGCUGGAUUAAAGUGAUGCUUACAUUUUAAAUAUGGAUAUUUUUCUUACAAAAACACAUUGAUUCGCUACAAGAGGCCUUUAUUAACCCCACGGAGCUGUGUGAGGCACUUUUUAUUAUGGAUGGAUGCAUAUUAUUGGACUUGUUUUGGACUGAUGAGGAGAAACACCCAUCUAUGCCAUUCUAAAGCUUGGGAGUGCCAGGAUAAUUUUUAAUAUAACUCCGAUUGCAUUUGUCUUAAAGAAGGAAGUCAUAUACACCUAGGAUGCAUGGAGGGUGAGUAAAUAAUACGCUACAGUAGUGUUGGGUCCUAUCAUCAGCCUGCGAGAUCACUAAUACAUGAUAUUAUCGUGCUAAUGUAUUUAAUUAUUUACAUACUUCAUUUCCCGAAACCAGCUCCAGCAUAAGGCUAAAAGCAGCCUAACAUUAUCAAAGAACAUCAUCACUGAUUAGCCUAGCCUAUUCUAGUGCAAGUUUAUGCAUUUUAUAAAACACUUGUGUUAUAAGUGAAGCUAUCUACACUGUAUGAUGAAUAAAUCUCUCACCACACAGUUACGGCUCCG